GGAUCCUUUGAUUGAUACCAGUGGCCCAAUGAUCGAUAGACAUUUUAGCCCAAAACUGCGCAACCACAGAAAAAGAAAAACUCAUCAUCGCUCCAAAAAAGAUCGAAUCGAAUCCUACCUCACAACAUUCCAAAGCCAUCACCCACAAAUCGAGAUCAAGACCAGAUCACCGCUACGAAGGAACAACUUCCACCAUGACGACCGAGCCUCCUCCUGCCGAUGAUGCCUCUUACUCGGGCCACUCCAGCGUGGUUCACACCGAAGAAGGCGAAUCGGCGUUGCAGAGCAACCAGGAAAAGCGAGAAGAGAUUGCCAAGAGUGAGUCAAAGGCAGUCUUUUGGUUGCGUAUGCUGGUCCUCUUUCUUUUGGCCUGUUCUGCCAUUGCUGUUGUGGUAGCCGUGUAUUUGUACAUGAGCAAUCAAGAAGAGCGUGAGUUUGAAACCAAGUUUGAAAAUGACGCCACCAAGGUCUAUGAGAGUGUGGGCAAGACAUUGGAUCAUGUGUUGGGUUCGACCGAUGCCUUUGUGGUCAAGAUGCUGUCAUAUGCGGAGGCAUCCAACAGCACGUGGCCAUUUGUCACACUGCCUCACUUUGGAUUGCAAGCCAGCAAGUUGCUCAAGUUGGCCAAGGGCUUUUCCUGCUCUUUGGUUGUCCUGGUGGAGGAUGACCAACGCGACGGUUGGGUGGACUAUGUCAAUCAGAGCCAUGGCUGGAUUCGCGAGAGUCUCGACGUACAGAGCAGGGACGAAAACUGGCCUUUUGAAGUGGACUACAGCGUGGAAACAGAUUUCGUGGGGGACGUUCAGAGCUACAACGGGGUCGUCGAAGGCACCUUUGGCAAUCAUACAAACUACCUCCCCAUUUGGCAAAACCACCCUAUUGCCAGUGAUGGUGGAAACCCCCUCAACUUUGACAUGUGGACUCUCACAACACCCACUGAUCCGACCCAGAAGAGAGAAGCCGAUAGCAUUGAAGCAUCCCGUGCAGAGCAACGAGUCACACUGGCACAGCAAGGAACGAUCGUGACCGAUCCAACCAAUGAACAACAAGUCGCCAGGGCCGAGUUUUCCAAGAAUUGGAGGAAAAAAUUCAUCUCUCCUGAUGAUGACCCCACGGAACCAACCAGCUCCAUGUUGUAUCCCAUGUUCAACAACUUGGAAUCCGUCCAAAUGGACUUGGAAGAAAAGCAACAGUUCGUGGGAACCUUUUUCUACGUCUUCUUUUGGCGAGAGUUGAUUCGAGAUGUUCUGGCUCCCGAUUCCAAGGGCAUCAUUGCGGUCUUCACCAAUGAAUGCGGAGCUUCCUUUACAUAUCGUUUGGAUGGACCUGAUACUACCUUUCUGGGUGGUGGAGAUCUUCACGAUGCCCAUUACGACUACUUGGGCAAGCACAUGACACUGCACGAGGCCAUGGAGACAACCAAAAGCAGCUCCUACACGGGGAUUCCCUUGUCCGAGAAGUUCUGUCCGAGAGCUAUUCAUUUAUACCCAUCAAAGGACAUGGAAGAUGAGUACAUGACGUCCGAUCCGGCCACGUUUGCUGUGGCGGCUGCCUUGAUCUUUCUCUUCACUUCCACAGUCUUCAUCAUCUAUGAUUGCACAGUUGCCCGCCGUCAGAGGCUCGUCAUGGAACGGGCAUUGGCAUCGGGUGCUAUUGUCUCAUCCUUGUUCCCGGAACAAGUUCGGGAAAAACUCUACGAGGAAAACAAACAGAAGCAGCAACAAGAGAACAGAGUCACCAAGUAUCUCAGCACCAGCGUGGUGGAUGCGCCAUCAGGCGACGACACGAAGGAUGAUGCCAAGAUUCGAUCCUCCGCCAAUGGUGGCAGGCCCAUUGCUGAUCUUUUCCACAACACCACAAUCUUCUUUGCGGAUCUGAAGGGUUUCACGGCUUGGUCAUCCAAGCGAACUCCCUGUGAAGUCUUUGAGCUCUUGGAAGCUCUCUACGGAGCAUUUGAUAAGAUUGCUCUUAGGAGGAGAGUAUUCAAGGUGGAGACGAUCGGUGACUGUUACGUGGCCGUCACAGGAAUCCCCAACCCGCAAGAAAAACACGCUGUCAUAAUGUGCAGAUUUGCCGACGAUGCAAUGGCAUCGAUGAAGGAAGUUACUCAGGGGCUUGUGGAUAGGCUCGGAGAAGAUUUGAUGAACUUGGACAUGAGAGUUGGGCUGCACAGCGGAAGCACUACAGCCGGCGUUUUGCGUGGUGACAAAGGAAGAUUCCAGCUAUUUGGCGACACAGUCAACACUGCAAGCCGCAUGGAAAGCAAUGGAGUUGGAGGGAAAAUCCAUGUCUCUCAAGCCACCGCGGAUGCCCUGAUUGCUGCUGGGAAGAAGAGCUGGUUGACGCCUCGAGAGGACCAGAUCGAAGCAAAGGGACUUGGGAAGCUUCAAACUUGGUUUGUCAAUGUUUACACAGGCAAAGCAAGGAGUGGCAUGUCUACUACAUCGUACGGAGAGUCUGUGAUGGACGUCAUGGAAGACGAGUACGAGAAAGCAGAGCAAUCCCCAGGUGCCUUAGCAGAGCCCAUAGAGGAACAACAUCACGAUUACAGUGAGAACCUGAGCGUCUAGAACUGAUGCAAUCCUCCUGGAUUUAAAGGCAUUUAACAAUACAUUUUGAUAU